AUGAAAGCACGCAUUGUGGCCAUCGAAAAGGAAAUCCAGCACGUGGCCACGCAGUCCCGUUCUCGAGACAACGAGCUCUAUCUGCUGCAGUUGCAGUUGCAGGAAUUGCAGCAGACGGUUUCCUCGUUGCAGAGAAGCACGCACAUUCUCAAGUCCUGGCUGGUGUUCGUGAUCCUGGGCGUGAGCGUGCUCUCUCUCUACAAGCGACUUCGCAAAAUGUGCAGAGAGGAAGCGGAUCGGAAGAGGCAGCGACUGCUCUCGCACCUGCAGAAGCAGGUAGCGGUGCUGCAGGAUCAAGUGAACUUUUUGACGGAGCGAACAGCGCAUUUGCAGAAGGAAUACUCGCCGAUCGGACUGUCGCUUUCGAGACAGCAAAGCGAGAGACGAUCGAAUUCGGGGGAGAAGGAGGGCGGAAAGAAGCGAUCGAAGCGAGGACGCGCCACGCUGAGUCGAAGCAAAAGCUGGCUAAACUGAUUGUACCAUAC